AUGGCAACCAGCGACACAUUGUUUCAUUUGGUCUUUUUUUUUUCCUUGUGUUGUGAAGGCGAAGCAGAGCUAGUUGAAACUCCUGAAGACUAUGAACCUGAGUACUGGGAGUACUACAAGCACCCCAUCACCAGGUGGAUUACACGGACCUUCUAUGAUUCACCAGUGAAGGAUUAUGAAAAGAUGAUGGCUGCAAUCCAAAUAGAGAAAGAAAAGGCAGACAUGAGACUGACUCAGCUGGAGGUGCGUCGGCAGAUGAGGACAAAGGGAGACGGCCCCUGGUUCCACGUGGAGACUCUCAACAAGGAGCUGAUCGACAACAGCCCCAAGUCAUCACCUGACCAUUAAUCCAGACGCGUAUGCUGUCGGUGCAUCAAGCCGAUCAAUCUCACUGUUUGUACAUUUUUUCCUUUCCUGCGUAAAUAAAGUAUCUAUAUGGACUACAAUA